AUGUGGGACAACAUAGGCUUUGGUACCGUUUUCAAGCACAGCAAUCAAUAUUGCUGUCCCAACGACGGCCGAAUAGCUCUUCUAGACUGCCACUGGGCUGGAAAAGUGGACUAUGCUGACAACACAUGUGGCGGCUCCGAGGUGACACUCUUGACGGAUGAACGUGGCAAUUCAUACGGCGGCUGCAUCUGGUGCCGACAGAGGACCCUCUGCUGCACGUCGAACACGGAGGCCUACCAGACCGAGAGCUGCGAUGUGGACCUGUGCGACCUGAACCAAACGGCCUGUGACAACGACGACGUUGGUGAGAUAAAGGCUCACUUGAAUCAUCUCGAAGUCCGAGCCGCUCUCCCAGGCCAGCCUCGCCCUAAGACCAUACAAUUGGCUAAGCUACUAGGAACUGCUAUCUACAAGGGCAAGGAACUUACCCUGACCAGUCGACCGUACUGGCCUGGUCUGAAGAGUCUGAAGGGUGAUGGAUCGGAAACACUCGUAAUUAAAGGGGGAUACAGUUUGCUCAAAGACGCGUGCAGCUCAACGGCGCUCAAGUUUAUACCAGCGGCCAGCUUGCCCACCAAGGGAUUCCAGAUGGAGCACUUACGAGAGAUCAACAUGAUCGAAAAAUUCGUCCACAGCCUUCUGACGGGCAUAAAGUACUCUGGCGACAGCAUGACAAAUACGUUCGACCCAUUAGCCAUUGUUGCCGGCUGGAACAAGGCGUACGACGUAACCCUCCCUCGGAUUGGAUUCAUCGUCAAGGACGCCCCGCUCUUCACCGAGCCCCUGACGCCUAAUGACCGCUUCUUCGAGACAAUUGGCUCCUACGCCUAUCGCGAAGGCGUUUCUUUCCUGCCCGAUAGUCUCAACCUCCUCAAGCGCACGCUGAUGAUGGGCAACUCACCGCUUGGCACCAUCAACAAUUUCAAGUGCCUGGUGGAUCAGGUGGCCAACAAGGGGGAUGAGGUGAUUAUGAAAAAGGUUACGGGUUCAAUUCAAGGGACAAUCGGAGUUUUCAACUACCUCAACGACGCAGCUCUACACGUCAGCUUCGUCGCGGCCGGCAAGACGCUAACCAGGGAGAUGGGCUACGCCGACAACUACAUCCCCGAGCUCAAGGGCAUUCUGGCGGCUUGGAAGGAGUGGGAGCCCGAUUACUACGCCGAAGUUGUGUCGCGGGCGUCGGGCUGGUUUACCGAUCGCACGAGACUUAUCAUGCAGAGGUUCCCCAAUAGCGGGACGCUGAAGAACCCGGCUAUCAUGAAAUUUGUCUAUGAUACGACCUUGUUAGCGGCGCAGCGUGACAGGAUCAAGUCUCCUCUGGCCGACUAG